CAAGGCACAAGUAAUCGGUAAAUGACAAACGUGAAAGAUAAUGACUUCCACUGUUUACGAAUUAUUUGUAUUUAUCUGAAAAACAGUGUCUGUUUGCUUAAUUUUAUAUGAUUUAUUUUACAUCUGGGUUAUUUAUUGUAUUAGAUGGCGUUUCCUCAACCUAAUGCACAAAGAGGGUUUUCCACAACUACCUGAAGCUAAUAUUGUAAAUACAAGUCAUAGAGCUGCUUUACAGCACGCAAACGCAACAUCUUGUGGUUACUUUGUUUCACAAGAUUCUUCUUUUGGUAACCAAAUACUACCAGUUCUACCGAGAUUCGAUAAUAAGUGAAAUUAAUAUGUCUGCACUUAUGAAACUGAAAACUCUUGAGGGUCAUUUAGGUGCCCUUUCUGGAUUUUCAGAACCUAAAAUAGAGCUUGAACAAUAUGAAACACCAGCACAUAUAGCUGCUGUGGCUCUUUACACCAUGCAGACUCAAUAUGAAGCUCUUGAGAAUAAGUUAGUCCUAGAUGCUGGUUGUGGGCCCGGUAUGUUGGGCAUUGGUGCAUCACUAUUGGGAGCAGGAAUGGUUGUAGCGAUGGACAUUGAUGAUGGUGCCUUAGAGGUAUUACAAGAAAACAUUGAAGAAAUGGAAAUUCCUACCAUUGAUGCCGUUCAAUGUGAUUUUCUCAAUUCAAAACAUUGCAGAUGGGAAAAUUAUUUUGAUUCAGUUUUAAUGAACCCACCGUUUGGUACUAAAAAUAAUGCUGGUAUAGAUAUGAAGUUUCUCAGGAUGGGUUUGGAUCUCACUUGUGACAGUGUUUACUCCUUACACAAAUCAUCAACAAGAACACAUAUACAAAAGAAAAUUAAAGAAUGGGGAGUAAAAGGAAGUGUUAUUGCAGAACUUCGAUACAACUUACCAGCAACUUACAAAUUCCAUAGACAACAAACUAGAGACAUUGCUGUCGACCUAUGGAGGAUACAUCAUGUAGAAUCAUGAAAUAUAAAACAAUAUGACCGAAAAUUGUCAAUAUCAAUGAUUUUUUAAAAUAAAUAGGCAUGUUUUUAAAUAUUGUAAAUAUAAAAUGCAAUUGGGAAAAUUAAAACAUUUUUUU